AUGCUGAUAGGUCAAGAUCGUGCAGGGAAGACAAGUUUGAAGAAGUCCUUCUUAGGUCUGCCAUUUGACUCUGAGGAAGAAAGUACUGACGGAAUUGAAGUUGAUCCAUCGAAAUUCGAAGUGAAUACUGAUCUAGCAGAAAACUGGAAACGCACCGAUGAAAAGUUUGGAGUGUCUCAAUUUGCUCCCGAUCUUGCGAAGAGGGUAGCUAGGGAUCUCCAAGAAAUUGGUGGUGAAGGAGAUGAGAGAAAAAAUGACAAAGAAAAUGAAGUUGAAGAAAAAGGAGAGAUCAAUCUAAAACAGGUAAGCCCAAGCAGACAAGUGAAAUAGGUCAGAGUGUUAGCCAAGAAGCAACUCAAGGCUAACAAACCCAAAAAACAUCAACAGCAAAAGAAAGGGAAAGAGGGUUAUGGCGAGAUAGAGAAACAAACACAGAACUUUCACGUAAUGUAUGUAACGUCACAAACAAAAAAAAACAUUCUUGAAGAAACUGUGCAAAAUUUCCCUGCUUGCAGAGGUUCCUUAUUGGCAGAGUAAAAUAUAAAGGGGAAUAAGAUACAUUCUCGACCCCAGCGCUUACGGGUUUGGGAAUGCGCACGUAAGCUCUGGGAAACUGCGCCGGAGUAGCCAAAAUCUCUGGCUGUUUGGGCCUCACAGCGCAUGCUCUUUGAUCCAACCAAAACUUUUUGCUUCUUUUAUAUCAAUCUCGACCCAGAGCCCUUCUGCGCAUGUAGAGAAGAGACAUCAAGAGCUCUGGGGAACCCUGGCGCAAGAUUGUCUCUGAUUGGUUUCAGCGAAAAACAAUGGUAGUCUUUACACUAGAGCCUAAAUAAGCUAAGAAAUAUUUCAAGACAAGUAAAUUUUAAUUACUUCAAGUAAAAUAAAGCUUCACACACAACUGAUUCUUUUGUACUACAGGUUAUUUUCCCACGCUACAAAAUUAAGAUUGAUUGACAUGUCUCGCCUUUCUCAGAUCAAGAAACCGCAAAACCGCAAGUCAGCUAAGUCGGUCAUAAGGAUGGUUUUCAAGUCGCUUGAAACUUUCUUGAAUCGUUUCAACUUUCCGACUUUAAUGAGAUGCAAAGCAAAGUUACUAGAGAUUUUACUUGGGCCUUCAAACACGAAUUUUUGGUUAAGUAAAACUUAGCGGCUCCUAAGUCUUACUUAACAGCCUAGUGUAAAGACAACCAUUAAUAUAAGUGUUUCUGAUCGGUCCAUUCAAGUUUGCACGAGAGCGGUUGAACGUGCGGCGUGUCUUGCGUGUGAGCGGGUUUUUCCCUAGAAAUGUUGAAGCAAACACGACCGGCCGAUUAUUGAUUUCAGCGAUUCCAAAACAACAUUUGCACGGCUAAUUAGGCAGAAUUACUGGAUUUUCCAAUUUUCAAAUGAAAUAGCUUAGCUACAUAUCGAAAAUUGAACCAGAAAAAGAUUUGAGUGUAAGAAAUAAAAUAAAAAUUCACCGACAUCUUUGCCAGCUAUAAUUUAAGAAGCAUGACACAUUACUGAUUUUUCUUUGACUUCCACAUAUCGUAUUCACACGAAGCAGCCGAGUAUGAAUGAAAAAUCGAGCUUCUUGUCGUGAAUUGCCCAAAAACAGACUGCAAGAAAAAAAAAGUAAAUCGUUCCCUAAAGUGAUGCGUGUGUACAGUGCGACUAGAUAUUUAUAGUUGUCUUCUUUUCCCACGAUAUCGCAUUUCAAAGCAGCUUUGCUGAAGUGUUUGUGUUCGUGAACAAACAUAAUUUUAAAAAAGGACGCGAAAUUCGUAUUUUGGAAAGUUUUAUGGGAAUCUUAACAAGCCAUUCGGGUUUCACUUACCGCCUCGUGAAGUAGCCCACAGAAAUAUUUAAUCAAGUCAAGCAUAUGCAAACUUUAAGUCUCAAAUCUGUGAUUGGGAACGUUUCACGGUAUUUUCUCAGCAGCUACGACAAGAGCCUUGGAUACCUGAAAAUUCUUCAAGGCCAUUAACUGAAUUUCUUCGGUUCUAAUACCGAAGCAGCACAAGACUUAAGCGAUGAAGUGGAUAUAAAAGCAUUCUCGACUCCAGUGCUUACGGGUUUGGGAAUGCGCGCGUAAGCUCUGGGAAACUCUGCGCCGGCGUAGCCAAAAUCUGGGUAUUUGUGUCUCACAGCGCAAGCUCUUGAUCCAACCAAAACUUUUUGCUUCUUUUAUAUCUACUUCAUCGCGAUGUUAGAACUGAGGAAAUUCAGUUAACGGAACCCUUGAAGAGUAUUCAAGUACCCAAGGCUCUUGUGGUAGCUGCUGAGAAAAUACCGUGUUUGCAUAUGCUUGACAGUUGAUUUAAAAAUAUUUGCGUGGACUACUUCACGAGGUGGUAAGUGAAACCCAAAUGGGUCGUUAAAAUAAACGUAUCGAAAUUCCAAUAAAACUUUCAAAAAUAUGAAUUUAGCGUCCUUUUAUUUAUUUUUGUCCAUGAAUAUUAACACUUCAGAGAAGCUGCUUUUAAAUGCGAUAUGAUCGUGGGAUCAUGGGAAAAGAAGACAACUAUAAAUAGUCGAAUUGUCUGCGCAUCACUAUAGGAACUUGUUUUUCUUGCAAGUCUGUUUAUGGGCAAUUUACGACAUGAAGCUCGAGUUUUCAUUUUAUACUCGGCUACUUCGUGUGAAUACGAUAACAUGGAAGUUAAAGAUCGGAAAAAUCAGUAAUGUGUCAAAUUUUGCUUCUUAAAUUAUGGCUGACAAAGAUGUCGGUGUAUUUUUGUUAUUAUUAUUUUUUUUCACAUUCAAAUCUUUUUCUUGGUCCAUUUUCGAUAUGUAGCUAAGGUAUUUUAUUUGAAAACUGGGAAAUCCAGUUAUUCUGCCUAAUUAGUCCUGCAAAUGUUGUUUUGGAAUAGCUGAAAUCAAAAAUCGGCCUGUGUAGCCCAUCGGCCGGUCGGUAGACACGCCGCACGUUCAACUGCUCUCGUGCAAACUUGAAUGGACCAAUCAGAAACACUUUUAUUGUUUUUUGCUUAAACCAAUCAGAGACAAUCUUGCUCCAGGGUUCCCCAGCUCUUGCUGUCUCUCCUCGAUAUGCGCAGAAGAGGCUCUUGGUCGAGAUUGCUAGACACGUCCGACACUACUUACAGAAUACAACUCCGCAGUUACUCGUAUUUUAGUUGACAAAUAAAAGUUUACCGGUUGCGAAAAGUAUCACGUCUUUUGAAAUAACCAUGUCACUUGCAGAGAUAUCAGUUACUUUAUAUGUUUGUCGCUAAGAUUAGAAAUGAAUGAUCGAAAUGCAAAACUUGUAAUCUCGCGGAGCUCAUGGAGGCCAUAAAAUCUGUGGGCUCAGUGAUUUCCAGCUUACACUCAAAAGGGUACGCGCAUUGCCGAUCGAUUCGGAAAUGAAAUCGGUUUUCAAAACAAAACAGUUUCGACUGCGUUGGGGGCUGGCAGAGGUCUCUUUCAUUCCUUUCCUUUUUUCUCUUGUCAUGAUAGGCCUUUGCUAAUUGGGAAGUGUGUAAGAUUUGGGCCCUAGUGGCUGUUAAUAAAUUAUUUAUGGUUUGUCUAAAACGUCCUUAUACGCUGAGGGUGUGUACUGUGUUAAAAAAGAAUUUUCUAUUCAAAGUUAGUCUGGGCGAAACGCUAUUGAAAGAGAUGAUUUGCGCAAAUCAACGGUUAGUUACCAUAACAACUCACCAGCUAUAACCCAGGAUUACCGCUAAGCCAGCUUCGAACAUCUCAGCUCUGUUAAUAAGUGGAGAAUGGUUCCUUAAUAAAAUGCAAGAAUUAAUGUGUUCGUCUUUAUUGGCACAUUUUGUAGGCUGGUUUUGACGCUCCUGAAAAACUUCCGGGACAGGAAACAAAUGUGAAGCCAUUGAUGGAAGAGAAAAAACCUGCCUCGUUUAAGACCCAAGUGGAUCAGGUCAGUUUAAAUUCCCCUCUGUGUACGAGUGGCAGGCCUUUAUUUUUUUGUCCCAGAAGACGGGCGGAAGGGAAACACACCGUGGGAACGAGGUUGUAAACAUAACAGAUCACUGUUCCACCCUAAGUGGAAAUUCUUUGCUUAAGUGAGGAUCUAUUGUCCAGUUCUUUUUCAUGGACUUCUGUUGCGUAUUUAUUCGAUUAAGCGCGCAACUUCGAAUAGGCCACCUCGAAUAAAAGCGCCCAUCCUAUAGGCAGGAAAUGCUAAUAAGCGACAAGCCUCGAAUAAGCACCCACCCCCUACAACAUCCGACCAAAAAAUAAUUGGCCUUAAUGAAAAUGAGAUUGAAAUAGACUAUGUUCUACUAGAGACUUACCUGAAGACCGAGUUUUCUUAGUAACGUAUUUAUUCGAAUAGGCCCUUUUUCAUAACCGCUCGUUUGGAUCCACAAACAGAACAGCGCAAAAAAAAUUAAAUGUUUGUAACCAACAACUGACUAUAUCAUGGUAAAAUGACGGCAGCAGUAAUAAGUUUAAACCAGUUAACUUUAUUUUACAAGUAAAAUAUCAUUUAAUAACUUAGUAACUUACUAUUUUUAAAGAAAAUACUCAACCUUUGGUAGUAAAUGGGACUAUAGGUUGUUGGAUGCACUCUGAGGUAAAACAAGGGUGGCAGCAACUCACACCAUAACGUGCAUGCAAUAAGGUUGGCAGCAAAACUCCCUAAUGGGGGUGGGAAGCCACAAACUCUGAGCUAGGAAUGACCAAUGCAGUAAGGGUGUGGCAGCGACACACUCUGCACUGUAAUAGUCGCAGAGAGAGUUUCGACUCUAUUUGAAGUAGUUACUGUUAAAAAAGUAGCAUUUUAACCUUUUUUAAAACCGUUUUAGGGCUCAUCAGGUGAAUCCGACGUUAGAGAAGAAACAAAUACAGCCGUCUUAACUGACCUAAAAAUCGAUCCCAGUUUGCCUCCAGAAGAAUUUACAGAUCAUCUUGUUCAACUUUUCAAAAACGUAAACCUUCAAAGUGAUACAACAGUAGUCGAACAUCACUACACCCUUGAUCUCUGGGACUUCGCUGGUCAACAUCUUUACUAUGCGUCUUACCCAGUUUUUUUAUCGACACGAGCAGUUUAUAUACUUGUGCACGAUCUCAGCAAAAAAUUAGACGACACUGCUCAACCUUGUUUUAAACAAGGGAUUCGGAAAAUUCUACUCACUAAUCCAAAUAAGGAAACAAAUUUAGAAAAUUUGUUGUCAUGGCUGGUUUCUCUAAGGACUAUGUGCUCAGUAAAACCAGACGUGAAUGACUGGAAAACGAAUGUGGAAGAUCUGCCGUACUGUCGCCCUCCAGUAUUCAUCGUAGGAACACAUGCAGAUAAACCAUAUCAAGACUGCAAGGAGGUUGAAUUGCAGAUUCAGCAGGAAAUUUCUGGAAAGGACUACGAACGUCACGUGAUCCGUCCAUUCUUCUCUGUCGAUAAUACCCAAGGUUCAUCUGAUGAGGGAGUUGUCUCACUUAAGAAAGGAGUGAUUGAAGUCUUAAAACAAGAACCAUAUAUGGGAGAAGAAGUGCCAAUUAGGUAAGCUUUUAGGUCAACAAAAACUCUGCUCUUUAUUAGUUAUUGAAGAUUAUGCGUAAAGGUUAUGCAAUAUAAUUCUUAAUAAAUAACUUUUUAAAAUAAAGUUAUAGUUUGUCUUACAUUGUAGUCGCUUGAGUUGGUUGCGGCGUUUCGAAUGCCUUCUGGUUGUGUUCUAUAGGCAGCGAGGUCGAAUGAUUACACAGAUUGUUUACCAUUUUCAUGGGAAACUGAUUGGUUCACGGUUUGGGCAAAUGGUAAGCAAAAUUCAGGACUGGUAAAUUUCAUCCCGGAAUCGCGUUUACUACUUGAACAAAGCAUUUCCACUACCAAAAAACGGCCGCGAAGCCUGAAAUUGGUAUCAAAGAUGGCUUUGAAGAUAUGGAACACGAAUUUCCGUUUGGAGCAUUCUGACCGGAAAAAAUAUGUUCCGUUGCUCCCGGAAAUUUUCCACUGGGACGACCCAAAAAGUCGUGUUCCAUUUUCUUUCCAACCAGGUUUUCCGGAAACGUUUUGUGAAUGGUAAACAACCACAGUGCACUUUCUGACAUUAGACAACUAGAACUGGGUAAACUUAUGUUUUCUUUUCGCCAUUCUCGCUUUUGCUAGUAGAGUAUAAAUAUGACUUUUCAUAACAAGAAAGUCCAUACUGUGACACUAAAUGCACGAAUGAUUUUCACCUUCCUUUCUGUAGAACCAAUCAGGCAGGUACAAAAGUCAGACCGGAUCAACUCGGACCGCCAGUCCGGGUCGGAUCAACUCGGAUCGACUCGGACCAACUCGGAUCGAAUAAAAAAAUAAAAAUAAAAUGAAAUUGGACUCGGAUCAACUCGGAGCAAUCAAAAAAAUUAAAUUAAAUCGGCAAAACUGAAAGUUUAACCCAUUUGGAGGGUAAAAAAGGCCAGAUCAUCCUUUUUUUCUCCGUGGCUUUUAGGCGCCAUUUUGUUUUACUAGUGCCAGUUCCUCUCGGAUCAUGUUAUAAAUUGCGUUACACGACGCGCUCUGCUUCACAGAUAUUGAUGACUUCGAGGAAGGUAAAAUCUCGACCAUCUUUCACAAUGAAUUUGCUUCAUUCCAAGAAAAUGAUAGUUUCAGUCGCCUAGAAUAUAUAUUUGCUUAUUUUUUAUUUUAUUGCAGCUUUUUGUCACAGAGCAAAGAAGUUGAGGUGAGCGUGAUCAUAAGUUAUGCGCAUAAUUUUUGAUUAAUAAGUGUACUGAAUUAUUUAUGAGAAAAGCAUCAAAAGUCUGAUCAGUUAAUCGCGUUUAGAUAGUUACCGAAGAGUGUUCUCAUUCCUGUUUUUUGUCUUUUUUCUGCAGGUCUUCUGAAACUUUAUUUUAAUGAUACACUAGUGAGCAGCACACAUACAUUUCCAGUGAACAUUUUCAACUUGGAAGGAGGAGAAACCAUGCUCGCCCGGGACAAAGGAAAUUUCCAUGCCCCGGGCAAGAAUCGAACUCGCGACCCUCCGGUUCAGUGGUUGGAACGUCCGAUAAACAUGUAGUAUUCGGAGGGUCGUGAGUUCAAUUCUCGCCCAGGGUACGAAAAUUUUCGUUGUCCCGGGCGAGCAUGGUUUCUCCUCCUUCCAAGUUGAAAAUGUUCACUGGAAGUGUAUGUGUGCUGCACACUAGUGUAUCAUUAAAAUUAAUAAAAAUAAAAUUAAUUUACGCAACCACGACUUCGUGAGAAAAAAACAAAAUGGCGGGUGAAAGUUAAGUGAUACCGACUGAUUUUAUUUUUCUUUUUAUAAUCCGAGCUGUCUUUUUUUAUGAUCCGAGUUGAUCCGAGUCCAAUUAUAUUUUAUUUUUAUUUUUUUAUUCGGUCCGAGUUGGUCCGAGUCGAUCCGAGUUGAUCCGACCCGGACUGGAGGUCCGAGUUGAUCCGGUCCGACUUUUGUACCUGCCUGAACCAAUCCGCAGUUCGUAAAAUUUCUGUGAGUUUCCAAGGACCAUCUUUGUUAUCAUAACUCUUUAGGAAGUGAGAUCAAAGAUUCUACCUAAACUUCGUAAGCAUUUCUAUGAAAACUGAGUAUGUGUAAUCAAAUGGUGACGAGUGAAAUUAGGGAAUAAUUUCACGCGCGUUUUGUCCAAAUCCUAAUAAUUUCCCUCGCCUGAAGGCUCGGGAAAUUAUUAGGAUUUGGACAAAACGCAAGUGAAAUUAUUCUCUAAUUUCACGAGUAUACCAUUUGAUUACCUAUUAAUAUCAUGGGUGUGGAAUUACAUUAGCAAUCUUGGAUUUUUGACAUGUUUAUCGUGGAUCGUAUCGAUCGAGAACUUCACUCUCUCAAUGUUUAGACCUUAAAUUUGGCUUAUAAAGUUCAGAAUUUUUCAGACUUUUCGGCAAAAUACCUGUUAGAAUCCUUCUUGAUGUUCUCUUGUGUGUUAAGAUUUUCUAAAGGGUCUUUUUGUGCCCUGACAUCUUCAUUCACAGCAUUUUAAAACUUCGUCGCCAUCUUGACACUGAGACGUACGGAAGGGUUGCCAUGGCAAUUUUGUAAUUUCACAGGUGAAUUUACAAAUUAACGCUGAAAUUUCGCGCCAAAAUUAAGGAGUAAUUCGUCACCUAUGAUAUUAUAAUUAUAAUUAUAUUUAUAAACCUUGUAAAUAGUUUCUGUUUUCUUCACAGGGUCCCAUUGUUUAGGGUAUUUGUUUGUUACUAUACUUUAUAUUUAUACAUAUUUAUAUUAGUUAUUCACUUUCUAUCAAUUUCAUUUAAUUACUCAGUUUACGCUCAAUCCAAAGCCUUGUAAACUUACACUUUUAUACUCUAAGGGAGCCCAAUAUCUAUGAGCCUUAAUUUUUAUGGUUUCUUUUUGGGCUUCCUGACCACAUGUUCUGUGUAUUUCUGUAUUCUCGUCUUUCGUUUUUUUGUGGUGAAAUAACUAAAACUAAAACUGCCAUAAGGGACACAAUUCCGCUAUCCCUGUUCAUUUUCUGUUGAUGGUAUUAGGGUGAACUCUCAUGAUGUGGAUAGCUUCCUUCACCCUACGGUAGUACUGUAUCAGUGGGUCUCGAUGUAUACGCUUUAUCUCGUUCUGUAGCAUAUAAUGGCCAGACGUCCCCGGCUUAACAAGACGGUUUCGUGACCUACAGGAUUUCCUGUGAGUGCGUCAAAGUCUACAUCGGGGAAACAGGGAGGAGAAACUAAGACAGCGCGAAGGAAACGAUUCAUCCGUACCAGUCCUCCGACAUAGCUAAACCCAGCCUUUUUCCGCUCUAGAACGACGUUAAGUCUAUCAGUCUGGGGUGUUGGCCCCAGGACCUUCGGCACAAACCUGGUUUGAUAGGGUGGGAUACCACUUAGCCCAUGUUAUAGAAUAAAAUGAAUUGAACGAGAAUUUUAAAGAAACUUGGUCAUUACCUAUUUAUCUAUCAGAAUACAGAGGCGUGCUGACGUCAAAAAGAUCAGUCUUGUCUUAUCCGGUGUUUCCAAUACACUUAUGAAUAUGCUAAGAUACUGAGGAUAUGAUAAGAUGGAUUUAUUCGGAGCGCCAGAAGGAAGACCCAAAUUUAUAUUUUUUGUAUUAAAUAUACACGCAACCUGACUUUUAUUGCUUCUUACACUGCAAACUUUAAUAGAUUGUACCGACACAUUAUGUUGAAGAUCAUACGUACGAUUUCCCCUGGACGAAAUUAUUGUAAGCAGUUAAGUGAGAAUAUACGAACAAUUUCAUCACUGAUAGCCUCGUUUAUUCUUCAGUGCGUAGCACAUUCAGCGAAAAUUGAAUGUUAGGGAAGAAAACGAAAACAAAACUCGAUACCUUCAAUAUCAGUGAUUGCACAAUGCCGCAUUGUCCAAUUUGCACCGGCAGAGGAUCAGGUCCUGUGUCAACGGGCUGGAUUGCUUGGAUUUUCUUUGCUUAAGUCACCUGGUAGUAUAGGAGGUCAAGGGUUCAGUUGUUACUCUUUAACACCUUCUUUUAGCUUGUGUUUUCAUAUUUGGUUUUCAGAUGGUUCAACUUCGAGAAGGUUAUCAAAGCUUUGACUGCUCAGGAAGUGUAUUAUUUAAACGUCGAACAACUUCAAGGUAUUAUCCAGAGAGUUUGCUUCAUUGAAGGCGAGGAUGAGGCUGCAACCAUGUUGGAUUUCUAUCAUGACCUCGGCAUGAUUGUCAGACACCGCAACACAGUUGUAAUUCGGGCUCAGUGGCUCAUUGAGGUCUUCAGACAACUCAUAACUAUUCUUCCUUUUAGCGAAAGGGUAAGUGAAACGUUUUUUUUCAGCCUGAUUACAUUGCAGCAUAAUGAAUGACCUUCGUAGAAAACACCAUCCCACCCCCUUUAUAUCAGAUUUUGAUUAUCUUGAUUAUCUCUUAAAAAAACCUUCAAUGACCUUACAGAUCUAGAGCUAAGCCUUACCAGAUUUCCAGAGAGCAAGGCGAUAAUUAACUUUCAUAAUUAUUGUACUGUCUUGAAGGGGUUUCUUUGUUGAUACGCACGGCACGUCAGAAAACUUAACUUGCACUUUAAACCCAUCACGUUUUCAGUGGCUAUAGGUGACUUGAGAGUUGUAGCUUAAUGUUAUGUCAUAAAAAAAACAACCAAUGGCUUUAUUAGUUGGAAUCAGAGCCACCUUAAACCUGACAAACCAGCCAAUCUAAGGAUGGUGUCACGCCGUCGAAAAUGAAAUGCUUUGUGGUCUUGUUUAAUUAUUACGUUAUCGAUCGCCCGCUAACUAGCUAGGGAACUUAAGCAACAAUGACGGAUUGCCUGUUUGUGGGGAUAUUGCACUUUUUUGGACAGUUCCGUGGUUAGCUUGAAGUCCUCGCCUUGACGCAAAUACACCAAAUACGAAACUAUUUCCCCCAAAAAAUCAUGUUCUACUAUCCAACUUUUUUUUCUUCUUCAAAUAUGUUUUUUAUUAGACUGUUCUUAGCAAAUACCUGGGAAAAAAAUCGGGGGUCUCCGUACUUGUUUCCUCACAAACUGCUGUGAAAGGUGGACGUGGUUUUGAGAUCGCAGUCAGGAUUGAUAAUUUGCGCGGCGGGGAUUGGGGCGAGAUACAAAAUAACUGAACGCCCAUCGUGUUCGAAGUAUGCACUCGAGAUCAAGCUUGUUUUCUGUUGUUUUUAUGUGUUUGAUAUCGCCAACACAGAAAUUCAAACUUGAAAAGAGUACAUUAAAUACAAAGGAAUGAGGUAAGUCAAAAUUUGAUGAGAUUUAGGAGUUAUGAAUCUUUAUUUUGGACUAUUUUGUAGCGCCGCUGUUCUGUUUAAUUCCAGUGAGUUAGGGUUCGAUUUUUUUGCUUUUGCUCGAUGUAAAUGCUUGACAAAGAGACUUGAAGAAAAGGCUAUUGAUUCCUAUUCUUCAUACGUUCGCUUGUUUGGUCUCUAUACACAGCAAAACUUUGUGUUUACAUCAAAGACUGGUCUCCCUUGCGUGGUUCUGGUGCUACGGUGGGUCUUAUUUGUUCCAGAAAUAUUCGUCUCUCCACUCUCGGAGUUUGAACAACAUAUGUACAGUAGCGAUCCCAGGCGAGAUACUCGUUAAUGCAGUUGGAGAGCCGUAGAGCUGUCCCACAGGCUUGACAAUCCUCACAAUCCAAAGCCUCAGCCAGCACAUUUUAAUAAUUCCACCACUCGACGGCCGCGAAGUGAAAAACCACUGCAGACUUCGGGAUCACGCACAUUUCUUUCAUUUGCUUGUUUUUCGAUAGCAAACCAGGAAGCUUUCAGCCGAUCUGCGGCAUCAUUAUUACGAAUAAAAGCUUUAGCUCUGCAAAAGCGGCCCUUGUUUGUUCUUUUUUGCGCAAAUGGAAGAACCGCCACCAUCUUGGAUGUGGCAAUGUUAUGCACAGUAGAGGGUGCGCAGUGCAAAACAAGGGAUUUACCUUAAAAGGUGAAUUCGGGCUUAUUUCAUCUUGUUUAAUUCAUUGCUAAAUGUUCGCGAAUUUUUCUGGAGUUGAAUUCUAAGGGUCUGUAUUUCAGGCAAGAAAAAAGAAAGUCGCGCGUUGUCUUGUGUCCACGUCCUCCACAAAACGUGAAAUUAGGCAGUUUCAGGUGGUAGUCGUGCAACGACGGCAAAGAAAUGUACAAAAAAGCGUGAUGCACUUGCAAAGUUGUUGCCAGUUUGCUUAUCUAACCUGUUGCUUUUUUUUUGCCGUUGUCGUUGCCGUCGCCGUCGUCGUUGCUUAAGCUCAAGAACAACGAAACCAAAAAUCCCUGCUAUACCACUGGCCUUCCUCUUGCAAAUUUAGCUCUAACUGAUAUUUCACAUAUGUGGCUUACAAUGCUUAUUUGUUAUCUCCUGAAACUCAAUAUUCUGCUGAUAUGUAGGCUCGAUUUCUGCCGUCUCCCGGGUCCGGUCUUUAAUCCUUCCCGACGAGAGACUCCUUCGGGGGUAUGAGUGCGGGCUCAUUUUCCCGAACAGCGGCUGGUAAUCGAGCCUAGCUGAUAUGAUGUAUUACAGUUAAUACAUGUUUGAUCUGACGCUUUAUCGUACCUCUCAAGUUAUUCAAGGACUUGUAUUUCUGAGGCCUUUAUUGUUAAGAAUAUACCGCUACUUCAUUGCCAAAAUAUUUAACUAAUCCAGUCUUGUUUUUGUGCUGGAUAUUUUAGCACCACGCGUGUCAGUCGUCUUUUUCUUUUGUGGUAGCGCCCAACAAAAAGGUUAAGAUCCUUCAGUUGUAUUAAGGACAGGGUCAUCUAAAAAACGUAAAAAAUGAAUGGGGGUGGUCUAUCUCCGUACAUGCAACAUAUUGACACGAAACCUACGUGAGAGCUUAAACGCGUUGCAAAGAUUAUGUUUGAUUGAAAGUUGUCAAGAUAAGGAUCACGUGACUCAUUGAGGUAUUCAAUUACCAUUUUUAACUUCAGGCCAUCUGUAGGAUAACUUAUGCGCACUUAUCUUUAGUUAACAAAUAACGCGUGGAAAGUGUUUUGCGUAUCGGGAUGUGCACGAAACUAACUGGAAGGCAUGUCCACUUUACGUGGUCAUUGAAAUGUGACUACUUUUCUGUCACGAGACAGCCAGAAAACAUUCAUCAAGGGUAGGCAUACCGCCAUCCCAGUUACAGUUGGAAAGUACCUUAGAUAGCUGAAAACAACACCAAUAAAAAUUCUCAAUAAUAGUUUUUUUUAACCCUGCUGGCAGAAUCCUUAAAGACAAAAUACGGAAGUGAAGCGUUACUUGGUCACGCAACACGUUACCAUGGUGACGUCAAUCUCAAAAUACUAUCUUCACAGGGGUAAUGCAAUGACCACGUCUCAGCCUUGCCACACAUUUUCUUUUGAAGAUAGAACACCCCCUUAUAUUUCAGACCAAAAAAUGACAGAUCCAGGGCUUAAUAUGCCUGAGUUAAUUCGAUCUUUAUAUGUGUGACAUUUUGUUGUUAUUUGCUGAAGAAACGCCUUCCUCCGGGUUUGAUAGGUACCAAGACUUUCCAGGUUGUGGAACGAAAUGGGGGAUACAGGGGUCCUCAACAUGGAGCUGGUUGAUCAUGUGUUCUCCAAGUGCUGCCAGCAGAAAGGCCUGAUCAAGGAGGAUAUCUUGAACAUGAUGGAGCAGUUCGGAUUGAUCGUCAAGUUUACAACGUCGCCGACAAAUAAAAUGUACUUUGUACCCUGUCAACUGAAGACACCACCUGAAUUCCUUUGUGAAAUGGAAUUAUCACCUUCAGAUCCAUGUCCUCUCUACCUCCAUUUUAUAUCGGGUUUUGUCCCUCACGGUUUUUUUUGCCAGCUCGUGUCACGGUGUACUAGAUGGUACUCUGAGAGUGGUUUCAAGGAAACACCACAUUUUUUCGAUGGGGCUGCCCGGUUUUUCAUAGGGAAGAAGUCCUUUCACCAGUUCAUUAUUUUAUGCAGGAAAAGAUUCAUCAAGAUCAUCUUGACGCAACCAAAGGAAAUUAAUCUUGAAGUAAACCAAGCAUCGUUGGCCGAAACAAACGAGGUGGCUAUUCUUGUUCGAAAGUUUUUGGAAGAGACAUUGCAGACCCUAAUACGCGAGCUGUCCUGGUUUAAAAACCUAGAGUAUGACUGGUGCGUCGCAUGUCCUGGCUGUCUGCGACAUGAACAGGUUUGUUCUAUCCACGAACAAAAGUGGUGUACUCACGAGGACUGUCUGUGCCUUCUGAAAGUAGAUGGGGGGAUACCGAGGCACUGCCAAAAAAGACUUGAGAGGCCGACGCUGCCCGGACUGGAAAAAUGGUUCUCACUAAAAGGUAACAACACUUCCGUAGGAGUGGAUAAGUGUCUUAUAACAGUACCUUAACACAUUUCAAUACACGAUUGACAAUGUCAUGCGCGAUUCUCUUAUAAGAAAUUUCAUUAAUUACUCUUAUCUUUGUUGCUGAUAACCCUCCAAAUACUCGGUUUUCUUUUAGGGGUUGACAUUUUUGAACAGAUUCACAAGUUUACAAUUCCGAAGCGAGUUUUGGCAAGAUCAUUUGGGCCGUAACUUUAAAAUGUAUUUAUAGGGCCAUUCAAAGGCCCAAAAAGGCCAAAAGGCGGGGGCUUAUCCCGGUUUUAUUAGCAUGAAGCAUCUAGGAGUAUUGCUACUCCCCCCUGGACGGGAUGCUAGUCCAUCGCCGUGUUACCUCAGCGGUAUCAUUAUGAUGUCGCCGGUACCCAUUUAUACACCUGGGUGAAGAAAAAAGUGGAGUAAAGUUCCUUGUCUAAGGAAAAAACGCUACGGGCGAGGCUUGAACCUCGGGGUCCUUUGGCUCGUGUGCGCCUUUACCUAUAGGGUCUUUCGAACCAUUUUCAUUAUGACAGUACAUUGGAACCCGCAACCCAAAACCUUCAGUACAAAGUAAAGUCGCGGAUUCCAUUGUCUGUUAUAAGAACACUGACUUAAAAGGUAAUUUUGGUCCAAAACUAUGAUAAAGACGUCGGGUUUCUUAAGGGUGAACUUUUUCAUGCAGUUCAGUUAAGAACUUAGCAAAGUCUCCCCGUGAAAAUGUUUGCUUUCGUCUACAUAUAGAUUAAACAUGUGUGCGUGACGUUUUCUGUGAAAGCCCGCUAAUCUGGCUAAUAGAGGGUUUGGAUACGGCAUCCGGUUAUACGGACACUAUGGGAUAUCCCCUUCGUGUCCGUAUUAACCGGGUUCCACUGUAGUGGCAAUCUGUAAGGCAAAAGUUUGAACUGGUUUGUUGGGCCAGACGUAGGAAAGAUAUUUUUUAAGAACAUGUUCUAUUACUGGCAUGUAAUCGAACAGUGGAUUACAGCUGAACUGUAAAAAAAGAGGUCAAGAUUUAAGAAAAAAAUGCAAUGUACCUUUCCUAAAUUAUCAGGGUUGACAUAUCAGUUGAAAUUUCAGCUAAAUUGUACGUAAAUUUCAACGUAACAUGAAAAACUGCCAGGAUCAAAGGCGAUUAUUACCGCAAAAUCGCGAAGGAAGCCGUAAAAGGGACUAACUUACCUUGGGAAUUAAUUCGCUUGUAACAGCAUGUUACCACGGUAACCUAAACCCACGGCUUUGUUAAUGGGGGAAAUGCCUUUCACCAUAGAGUGUGUAACCGCACCUAUAGUCCGCUUUCAAUUCUUGAGGAGUUUUAUUUGUGCAUAUUUUUCAGAAACUAUUGUGUUCGAUCGGGUGGGGCUGCAGAUAGAGGAAAUAAAGAAUGACUCAGCGAUGUUAAUGUUGUUGUUACAAUUUUCUUAUAGAUGUUUCUGACGAAGAAGCGAAAAUAAGCAAUAGAUCCAAAGGAAAGGUGUCUUUUUACGCUCCUUCGCUUUCUAAGAGAAUAAAGGAUGCAGGUAUCAGUUAUUUUUUUAUUAUUUUAUUUUUUUAAUUAGUAUUUAUCCAGGGGCAUCCAAUUUAGCAGAGCUAGUUUAAAUAGAGCCGACACAACACACACAGAAAAAAGACAGUAAAACAUUAAAACGAGACAAUUAAUUAAGUUACAAAGGCAACAUGUACCACAGGAGUUACUGUUUGAAAUGGCGCUUUAGCUUGAUAGUAAAUUCACUGAGGGUCUCUGCUUGUCCAGUGAUUCUCGGUAGGUUGUUGUAGGUCCGAGCACCGUUUAUUUUGUUUCGUAGUUUUUUAUGUUACAAUUAAUAAUGAUGCUUAAAUUUUAGCUCCUUUAUUGAGAAGUUGUAGGGCUUUAAAUCAUAGAUAAGAAAGAGCAUAUAGUAAAAGACCCUAAAGCAGAGAAACAAAAAAAAAACUGUGUAAAGUCUUGUUCUCUUUGGAUUUGUCAGCCACAGAAAUGUCCAAAAGCGAAGUUACCCGGGUGGGGUACUUCCUAUAAUGGCCUAUACGGGAAGGCUCCGCCCUAAAGUGAUACCCUUUUUAGGCUUCAGGUAUAAGCAUUUUAUGGCUGUGGAAAAGUCAAUAAAGCGUUCGGGUUUUUUGGUUUAUUCAUAUUUUAAAGGACAGUGCAUUGAACUAGAUAUGUGAAAGGGGUACCACAGGUCAAUAGAAGGUAUACGAAAGGAGCUGAGUACCUUUACUGCCGAAAAUGGUAUAUAAAAGAGUAAGGGGUUGGACCUCGGGAUGGAGCCUCCCUGUAUAAAGCUCUGUUGAGUAACCUCACCCCACCACCCAGGCUAAGCUAUCAAAGAUUAUAACUGAUAUUGUUCUUUGUCAUUAAUCAUCGUGUAUCGGAAAAGCCGAUAUGGUUAUUUAGCUAAAAAUUUGAACGAACAUUUAACAGAAAAUACUGGAGCUUAUCUCGCUUUUCUUUUCGACCAUAGUAAAAGGUUGCAGUUUGUUUCACCGCUUUAUUCGAUAAAUAUCAGUUUUUCCCAUACAAAUGUUUACAUUGUGUAACAAGCAACGCACACAGCCAGGCCUGUUUACUUCUAAAUCGUAUUUAUUCGAUUCAUAACUCAGUCAAUUUAGAAAUCUCUUAUUUUUAUCUCCGUAGAAACUGAAAGUUACCAACCAGAGGUCACUGUUACUCUCCUUGAGAAUAAGGACCUUCCUAAAAUAUCAAAGCCUUGGAAUGAUGGUCUACUCCCAAUUGAGAUGUUGUUACUUACUGUAGAGGACUGUGAAUUUCUGAGCUGCCUUUCGUAUUUGAAUUACAGUUUCUGGAAAAGCUACUGCAAAGACCUUGGCUUCGUUUACUUCGGGGAUAUUGGAGAAGGUCAAAUAAAGCUACGAACUGCUGUAAUGAAGUGCCACAGGGGUUCAAUAACGGUAGGAGGCUCUGCAGUCUCUGUAUCGGCGGCUGUCAGAGUCUUGAGGCCCAAAGCCGUGUUUCUAGUGGGUGUCUGCUAUAGCCUGAAAUCCAGUAAAGUCAAAUUAGGAGACGUGGUUAUUUCAGAGAAGUUAAUAACCUGUGUUCCAUCCAGUGAUGAGGUCGGCGACAAAGUUCCUUUGAAAUCCCUUCCUUUAAGGCUGAUCCCUAAUGCUGGAGAUGGUUGGGAAGCGCCUUUGAAAGAUCCCAAGGCACUUGAAGUGAAAAUACAUCGUGGCGAUUUUCUGAGUGUUCCAGGGGUGAUUAAUAACAAUGAAUGCUGCGAGACCCUCGUCAAGCGAUUCCCACAAGCAGUUGCUAUGGAAUUAGAAGGGCAAGGUAAGCAUACUGUCACACGGAUAUCACAUAACCAACAGAAAAGCCGUUACCUGAAAAAUCAAAGGCGGGAUGUUUGGGUUACUUUUUCUCCAAUCGGACCAGCGCUCAGGGUCCGCUGAGUUGCAAUAACUGAACAAAGAUUCUACCAUUGCCCUGUAAACGUGUAAAUCUUGAGUCGGCUCAGAUAGCCCUAUUCAAUAAUGGCGACGUUUUCUUUGGCGGGAAUAAACCAACUUCCUCUACAACUUCCUCUAAAGACCUUGACAUUUCAAAUGGCAUUUAGUUAAAUUUUUAAUUCGUCUUUUCUUUCUCUCUCUUUCCUAGUUAAUGUUUUAAUUAGCAGCUGCUAUCCCAUCUUAAUCUCCAUUCAACGCUAACGAAAACUUUUCCUAGUUUAGUUUUAAAAUAAAUUAAAUGACAUGUCGAAGCGAAUUGAAAACAAAACCAGCUUACUGUUAACCACGUAUCUAAAUUUGCAUGUCUAGCCUCUCCCCUUGUAAGAUAAUCCGGAUUCCGGAAUCGGGGAAAAUUUUUGCUUGUGGAAACGCGAAUCCUGGGCUUUGGAAUCCAGAAUCUAGGGCGUGGAAUCUAGAAUCCACGACCUUACUAGUCUAUUUGGUAAUAAAAUCAUUUCACUCGAAUCUAGGUCUACAUGCAGCAACUCACGACUUGGACAUUCCCUGGUUUAUAAUUAAAGGCAUUUCAGACUACAAAGAUGGCAGAAAAUCGGGUACAGAUUGCUGGAAAAAGUUCGCGAGUUUAAUGGCCGCCUCUCUCACCGUUCAUAUCCUCAGUGAUCCGAUGGUUUUUCGAGACUGGCCCCACUAUACUGAGACAAGUGAGUACUACAACAAACUGCCCGCGACUGGAAUAUGUCACUUGUUUUUACACCCUCAUUAAUAAUUUGUCAGUGCAAAAGGAACGUUGAAUAAAUCUGUUUAACUGAUUACCUGGUCAUAUAAAUAAAUAAAUAAAUAUAACAAAACGGAACAAAAACAAAACAAAAUACAAAAAAAAAGAGGAAAAAUUGUUCUCCAAUGAUCCUUGUACAUCUGUACACAUUACCUAUGACAAGGGCCAAGGGUGGGUUCUCUUGGAGGAUUUACCUUUCAAAAAUUGUAAAUGGUUGUCACUCAGUCAAACAUAUUUAAGGUUUAUUUUGGCACCUUUCAGCACACACACAGUUAUUGCACUUAAAGGUUCAGAAUCGACCAUAAUAGACACUCCCUCGAUUUAAAGUUUUUUUUUUUUUAAUUUUGCAGGUCUUUAUAGAGGGGUCUGGGUUCGAAAUUAGGCAGUAGGCAAUGACAAUGUAGAAUGUUUGGACAAUUUUGACGGUGAAUGUAGGCCUGACCUGCGGUAAAUGCUUUUUAAACGUAAACAAGGAUGUUCUUACUAAAAUAGCAAAGCUAGCCAAAGAUUAGCCUGCGUGGCAGGCACGGGGUAGUUUAUUUUGGUUUCAAUGGCUUCCAGAUGGUGAACUUUUUAUGUUACUUUGAAAGAGAUAUCAGAAAACGAUUGCGAAUUUGAACGAUCCCUCUGACCGCAAGUACAUUUUAGGAAGGAGUUGUAUUUGAAUUGGAAAUAGUAUUAAUCUGGAUGAACUGCAAAAAGCAAUGUGUAAGGUCAUAAUUUGCUGUGAAUCUGGGAUCAUCAACAGUUCAUGCCAUUAAUUCGCCCCAUGUAAGUGAAUCCAAGACAGUUGACGCCGUGGACUCUGGAUUCCAGGUGCUAGUUUCCGUACCAUGAUUUUUUAUCAGUUGAACUUCAAUUCCGGAUUCCAAUCUCAUCAGAGUGGGAUUCCGGAUUCCUUGAGCUUAUUCAUGAUUCGAAAGCCCAGGAUUCCGGAUUCCACAAUCAAAAAUUCCCUGGAUUCCGGAAUCUGGAUUCCCUUACGUGGGGCGACAUUAUAUAAUCAAUGCAAACUCGCCUUGAACUGUAUUGUUUUCACUCCUUAUGACUAAAUCACUCUGUGUUAAUUUUUUUUCUUUAAACGUCGCCCUGAAGGAGAUAACUUAACGUAUUUUGGUUUUCACUGACGGGUACAGUAGCUCUGGUUGUUUUUUAUAGCUGAGUAAUUAAGCUGUAGUAGCUCGUAGAAGUAAUAACUAAGAAACCUCUGCAUUAAGGUGGUUCCGUGAUUAACACAAGAGCAUUUAGCUGUGACAAAUUUUCCGUCAUAACUUUUUCGAUUUUAACGCAAUGGCUGCGAAACUUUGCAAAUAGCAACAAAUAUCAUUCGGCAAUAAUACGAACUAUUCCGAUUUCAUUGAUGGUAAAUAUUUCUUGAGAAAUUAGCCCUUAAAAGGACCCUACUGUUCAAAGAAAAUCGCGUCUAGUAAAAAAUUUUGCUGAUAUUUUUUAGUGAAAUUUCUGGUAUCGGCUUUAAUUGAUAUAAUGAAUAUGCCAGAGAAAUUUCAGAAAAAUCGUUGGAGCAGAAGUCCGUAACUAAAAGUCGGUCAAAAUUCAGCUGUGAAAUUGUUUUGGAAUUUCAAAAAUAAAUUACUAUCAGGAAGAAGGAGACACCAGUUUCAAUUUUCGGGACAAGCAACUUCAGCGUGUUUCCUGAUUCUGAAAACAGAAGCCGAUUGCCUAUCGUGCUAUUCUUUAAAAAUUAUUUUCAGUUUUUAGAAGCACUAUAAAUUGCUCAAACUUUGCUCUGACAUCGAAUGACUUGUUCCUCGACAUUUUAAAAUAUCCCUUGGCAGUUUUGGUUCAAACUCCUGCUACACACAUUUUGAUGUAUUGCAAAGUAUCCCCAACGGCUUUUCCUGCUUUACGUUGUUUCCAAUUCAGGAAAAAGGUAUUGGUAUUGUAAGCUACCUAGUAUCGAAGCUCAGAUAGAACUGUCCAGUACCUUUGUUUAUGACCAGAAAAUGAGCACGAGCAGCAGCUCUGCGAAAUUCACACCUCAGCCAGGGGACGGUGACAAUGAUGCCCAUGUCUGUGAACCGAUCUGUAUAAACAUGUAUUGCAGAGCAAAACAUAAUAAUCAAGAAAAAAAUACCCAUUCAUUGAAGGAAGGAGUGACAAAAAUUUCAGAGUUGUAAAUUGAUUCACGGGCAGUAAUUUUGCGAUAAUUUUAUUUUGCACUGUGAUGUUAUUUGGUUCACAAGCAUGGUCAUCAUUGUCGUUCGUCCCCCCUGGGUGAGGUGCGAAUUCCACGCAGAACUGCCGCUCGUGCUCAUUUUGUAGUCAUAAACAAAAGUGCUGGACAGUUCUUUCUGAGCUCUAAUACGAGGUAGCGUCCAAUCUCAAUACUUUUUUCCUGAGUUGGAAGCAACGAACGGCAGUAAAAGUCGUUGAAAAUGCACGGCAAUACAUCAAAAUGUAUGCAGCAGGAGUUUGAGCCAAAACUGCCAAGGGAUAUUUUAAAACUGUCGACGAACAAGUCAUUCUACUUCAGAGCAAAGUUUGGAGCAAUUUAUAGUUCUUCUAAAACUAAAAAGUACCUUUCAAAGAAUAGCACGAUAGGCAAUCGGCUUUUGUUUUAAGAAUUAGCAAGCGUUGAAUUUACUUGUCCCGAAAAUUCAAACUGGUGGCUCCUUCUAUCUGAUAGUAAUUUAUUUUUGAAAUUCCAAAACAAUUUCACAGCUGAAUUUUGACCGACUUUUAGUUACGGACUUCUGCUCCAACGAUUUUUCUGAAAUUCCUCUGGCAUAUUUAUUAUAUCAAUUAAAGCCGAUACCAGAAAUUUCACUAAAAAAUAUCAGCAAAAUUUUUUACUAGACGCGAUUUUCUUUGAACAGUAGGGUCCUUUUAAGCACUAAUUUCUCAAGAAAUAUUUACCGUCAGUGAAAUCGGAAUAUUUUGUGUUAUUGCCGCAUGAUAUCUGUUGUUCUUUGCCAAGUUUCGCAGCCAUCGCGUUAAAAACGAAAAAGUUAUGACGGAAAAUUUGCCACAGUUAAAUGCUCUUGUAUUAAUUACGGAGCCACCUUAAAAUAGUUUGUUAGCCUCCUGUAAAUAGUACAUCCUCCUUUUAUAUUCUGUCUGGGCAACAUCCCCACAACACUAACAACCUUUUUUUUUCAACAGGUUAAUACCAGAUGCAGAUGGAUCGGCGUCUUCCUAACCCUCCAUCCGAUCAGUUACAGAUUUUCAGUUUAAAUUAUCCUCUUAUUUCAACCAUUAGUUGGUCUGUAAAUAUUUUAAGUCAACAAAAGGUCGGUGUCUAUAAAAUUUAUAAAUAGACAUUCUUGUUUGAUGAUGUUGCUGAGCUUAUCACACUAGAAAGAGUUCAAAGAAAGGCGACACGUUUUUGCCUCCAGAAUUUCAACCUAACAGUUAGCGUUACAGACAUGCUUAGAGAGCUGGAAUGGGAUACUUUAGAAAUGAGAAGAAGCCUACCUUACAAACUUAGUCAAAGUCUUGUAGAUAUUAAAACAGAAAAAUUUGUUGUGCCGAAUAGCGAGACCAGAACACGCAGGAGCCAUGUAUAGAAUACCCCAAAUUAGUAGGGACGUUUUCAAGUUCUCUUUUUUUCCUAGAUCCAUUAUUAUGCGAAUGGAAUACUUUGCCUUCAGACAUUGUAAAUUCUAAGUAACUGAACUGUCUUAAAACAAAUUUAGUAAAUUAUCUUAAAUAUGAAUGAGACACGACUAGAACAUUCUAUUUAUUAAAUCACAAUACUAUUUAUUUCGAUAUAUUUCUUUAGAU